UGCCCUUAUUUGAUUUGUCUCUACCCUCUGCUCUCCCGCCGGUGUUCUCAAUUCUCUUCCCCAAAUCUUAUUCCGGUCUCAAUGGCGAACUUGAAGUCCAAUUCUCCCUUCUCCCGCCGCAUCGUACGAGCUUUCCUCGAUUUCCUUGACUCUGUUGAACCAGCACCCGGAGUUGAUGCCGAGAGCUUGGAGGUAGCACGGGAAUGUUUAGCCGGCGCGUUCAAGCUUGAUGUCAAUUCUGCUGAUGAUCCAAUUCAACCUGGUCUUUUGGUCAACCUAUUCCGUUCCCUCGACUCAAAUGAUCGCAAUCCUGCCGAUGGACAGCGCUCAAAGGUUCACCAGGAGGAAGAUGGGACGAGACAACCUGGUGGUGUAGGGAUGUCAAAUGAUGAAUUGUUUGGGCAAUUCUUCGCUGCACUUGAGAAAAUUCACUUCUUCAAAGCAACACCUGACGGGAAGGAUGAUUCAAUCCAACUAGACAAAGCAACACGGUUAUUCCACGAGGCUCUCAAUGAGAUGGAAAGAUCGGGAUGCCAGUCAUACAACAGGAAUAGCCUCGCUGAAGCAUUAAAGUCACAAGGUAACAAGGCAUUGCAGUUAAAGCGAUACUACGAUGCAAUUGAGUUGUAUUCUUGUGCCAUUGCACUUUGUGAAAAGAAUGCUGUUUAUUACUGCAACAGGGCUGCUGCAUAUACCCAGGUGCAAAAGUAUGCUGAAGCAAUCAGAGAUUGUCUGAAGUCUAUUGAAAUUGAUCCUAGUUACAGUAAGGCAUACAGUCGUCUUGGAUUUGUCUACUAUGCACAAGGGAACUACAGGGAUGCUAUUGAUAAGGGAUUUAACAAAGCCUUGCAAUUGGAUCCAAAAAAUGCGUCCAUGAUUGAGAAUAUCCAGGCUGCUGAGGAAAAAUUAAAGGAAGAGCAAUCAUGGGGUCAGAACUCGAGUUCAUCGGGGUUUCCUCCUCCAUUCGGAUCGAGUUCGUCUGGGGUUCCUCCUCCAUUCGGAUCGAGUUCAUCUGGGGUUCCUCCUCCAUUCGGAUCGAUGCCGUUUGAUCCUUCUUCCAUCCCCAUGAAUUUUGCAAACAUGAUGCGGAAUGUUAUGCCGGAUGUACAACACACAGGAGAGCAUCACGAACAAGGAGGGCAUGGAGAAUCCAGGACUGCCCCUGAUGAGCCGCACCAGCAGCCCGGAGCAGGAAUAGGCGGAAGCAUGAACAUUAAUUUAGGAGAAAUGAUGCCGGAUGAACUGCGAGGAGCUCUCCGAUCAGCCAUGGAAAUGUUCUCCGGAGCUGCACCACCGCCCACCGGGAAGGCCGAUCAAUCAUCAUCCAGUGGAAGAUCAGCAACACACUAGACUGAACUCAGCAUUUUUUUUGUCUUUCUGAUUUUGGGUGGAAGAAGGGAUACUAGAGAUUAUCUUUUGAUACGGUAUCUGACGUAGAGAUGGCUUUGUUUCGUUUGAUGUGUCUUUGAGUUUUAACUGUGUAGUUGGUUGACAAGUUAUAGUGGGCGUACAAUAUCAAAUUUCUCUUCUUCGUUCGGAAUUAUGAUUUCGUCUUCUCUUUGAUCAAAGUUUCUAUCAGG